GGACCACACAGGAGUAGCCCUGCAGGACCAGUAGCCCCAGCAGACUCGCACCGUCAGUCAUCAUGGCGGGCAACGGAGUGGACCAACCAGCCACUGAACUGCAGACCUUCGUUCCUCAGGAUGGGUCCGAAAAGAAGGGUGGCAGUUUCAACCAUGGAAAGUACCAAGUUACGAACGGUACCAUGGACGCAGAAGCAGCUGAUCUCCUCAAUGGAAAGGACUUCGACCCGUUCAAGGCCAGAAAUGUCGAACACCCAACUACGAACUGUGAUACCUUAACACAUCUGCUGAAGGCAUCAUUGGGAAGUGGAAUUCUAUCCAUGCCAUUGGCUUUCAAACAUUCUGGCCUGGCCAUGGGCAUUGUGUAUACCAUCAUUGUGGCCAUCAUCUGCACACAUUGUGCAUACAUUCUGGUAAAAUGUGCACAUGCUCUUUACUACCGCACUAGGACUUCAGCCAUGAGCUUUGCUGAUAUUGGAGAAAAGGCCUGUGAACAGGGACCUCAAUGGGUUCGGAAGUAUGGGAAAGCAGUGAGGGCUACUAUUCUAGGAAGUCUGUUUGCCACAUAUUUUGGCACGUGCAGUGUUUACACUGUGAUCAUUGCACAAAGUUUCAAGGCAGUCAUAGAGCAAUACACAGAACAAGUUGAGCUGCGAGUUUAUAUUGCUUGUCUCCUGAUACCACUUAUUCUCUUGGGAUUUGUUCCAAAUCUAAAAUACUUAGCACCUGUCUCAAUGGUUGCAAAUGGGUUUAUGGCUAUUGGAUUGGGUAUCACCAUGUAUUACUUAUGUAUUAAUUUGAAGCCAAUUGAAGAGCUAAAACUUUCUGGAUCCCCUGUUGAUAUACCACCAUUUUUAUGCAUUGUUAUUUUUGCUAUGGAGGCCAUUGGAGUGGUAAUGCCAUUGGAAAACAACAUGAAGACACCCAAAAAUUUCCUUGGGCUUGGUGGAGUUUUGAACCAAGGAAUGGCUGGUGUCACAUUAAUUUAUAUUUUGCUUGGGUUCCUGGGAUACAUGGCUUUUGGAGAGGAAACAAAGGCUGUAAUUACUCUCAAUCUUCCUGAAUCGGAAAUCCCUGCUCAAGUUGUCAAAGUUUUCAUUGCCUUAGCUGUGUUCUGCACAUAUGGCCUUCAGUGGUUUGUGUGCCUUGAAAUUGUCUGGGAUGGACUCAAAGAGCGUUACCAGAAGAAGGCGGUUCUGGCUGAGUAUAUUGUCCGAGUGAUUCUUGUUGUCUCAUCAGUUCUUCUGGCGGUUGCUGUUCCGACUAUUGGCCCCUUCAUUGGCCUGAUAGGUGCACUUUGCUUCUCAAUCCUUGGUAUUAUCUUACCAUGCUUCAUUGAAUGUAUUACAUUCUGGGAAGACGGCUUGGGCCCUGGCAGAUGGCGUCUAUGGAAGAACAUUUUAAUCAGUAUCUUUGGUGUUAUUGUUCUAAUUUUUGGUACUGAUGACAGUAUCAAAGGCAUAUUGGCUGUAUAUGCCCCUGAGAGUGGUUACAAUGCUACACAGUAUUCCAACAUUACCACUUUCGCAGACACAACACUCGCACCUACAACUCUUUCAUCAUCAUGAGUCUUUUAAACUGCAGCUCUGCUGCUUUUAGGAUUUAUUAUGAGGUCAGUUGUAUCAAUUGACGCUAAAUGAGAUUUCUUGUGAGAUAAUUUCUCUUCAAGUCUUCUUAAGAAGCAGAGUAAAAGUAUCUGUUUCUCAAAAUGUUUGUAGGUUGACUAGACAGGCAUGGUGUUUUUUUCAAAUGAAGCAAGUCAAAAGUAAUGACGUUUUAGCAGGAAUUUAGUUUCUUUUUUGUUGGACCAACUAUACUCUCCAUGUACUUCCUUUUCUCAAGCACUUUUUGUUGAUUUUUCUUUUUAUUGCGAUAUGACUGGGAUUAUAUAUCUAAAAGCGUAUUCUAUCUUAAACAACUGCCGAAGUCUAGUGCUCUCUAUUAUGAUAUCAUCAUGCAAGAUGAAUAAAUUUUUUAAAGCACAUUCCUAGAGUAGGAGGAGAUGCAACUGAUUAGAGAGCUAAAUGUGAUAGUAGGAGAGAAAUGUGUAAAGACAGCAGAAGCAUAUAGUUUUAUAGAUGCGGAUGAAACAAAAUUUGCUUUGUUGUAAUUUUACUAUUGAAACACUAUGUUGUGAUUUUAAAAUUUUAUUUCAUUAUAACUCUAAUGUACCGUACUUGUGUCUAUUUUUGUGAAGCGCAGAUUGCCAAAUAGAUGUGCUCAUCAAACAUGUGCAAGAAAAAACCUUGAAAUUGUUUGAAAUAGCUUGCAUGUACCCUGUACUUCUGUUAGGUCUAUAAUUUAUUAUGUUAAAUAUUUGUCUCCUUGACUGUGCAAAAUAUCUUAUCAAAGCACAACGCCUUACAGUGACUGAAGUGAGCUGAAUGCAGUUGAGCUGCAAGUCUUGUAUUUUAAGUCCACUCGACUCUGCAUAUUGCAGACAAAAGCAGGCUGGUUCUGCUCACAUUGCUGACUCAUUGGGAGCAAUCCAUUAACUUGAAUUGUUUGUGCAUUC